UUUACAAUUUUAUUCAAUAGCAGCGGAUGCCGUUCGGUAGAAGGCUGGAAUUACUUCUUUAUUUGUAUUUUUUUGAAUGAAUCAUUGGCAUUUUAUAAAUGAGACAUAGUUCAGACUAAGGAUGGUAAAUACGUGAUGUGAACAUAAGCCCGUUUUUGGAAAAAUAUUAAGAAACUAACACCUUAUCUAGUAACGAAUACGAGAAUGUUACGAGGAAAAAUUUUACAUUUAAUGCACUGUUUCUUUUUUUUGUCAUUCAUAUUUGCCUUCCUGGUAUUUGCGGGUGCUAUUAAUUUAAAUGAAGAUGAAAAAGCAUACAUUGAUCCCAUUCAAACCUACGGUUUUUUUGGAGCAGCAACUUUAUACAUUUUCAGACUCCUUACAUUGUUGACUAUACCUCAAGUAUUGUGUAAUUUUGCCGGACUGACAUUGUUUAAUGCAUUUCCUGGUAAAAUUAAAUUAAAGGGUUCUCCAUUGUUAGCACCAUUUAUCUGCAUAAGAGUUGUAACAAGAGGGGAUUAUCCUAAAUUAGUGUCCAACAAUGUUACAAGAAAUAUGAAUACUUGUUUGGAUGUGGGCUUGGAAAAUUUUAUCAUUGAAGUAGUAACUGAUAAAGCUAUUAAUCUGGCCAGUCAUAGAAGUGUCAGGGAAGUAGUUGUACCUGCAGAUUAUAAGACUAAAACUGGGGCCUUGUUUAAAUCAAGAGCAUUGCAGUACUGUUUGGAGGAUAAUGUGAAUAUAUUAGGUGAUUCUGAUUGGAUUGUUCAUUUGGAUGAAGAGACUUUGCUUACAGAGAAUUCAGUGCGAGGAAUUUUAAAUUUUGUCUUCGAUGGUCAAUAUCCUUUUGGUCAAGGACUUAUUACAUAUGCUAAUGAAGAAGUGGUAAACUGGCUCACAACAUUGGCCGACAGUUUUAGAGUGGCUGAUGAUAUGGGAAAGCUUAGAUUUCAAUUUUAUACAUUUCAUAAACCACUAUUCAGUUGGAAAGGAUCAUAUGUUGUUACUAAAGUAAGUGCAGAGAAGGCAGUUUCAUUUGACAAUGGGUUAGAUGGUUCUGUGGCCGAGGACUGUUUUUUUGCUAUCAAAGCUUAUAAAGAGGGUUAUUCAUUUAAUUUUGUUGAAGGCGAAAUGUGGGAGAAAUCUCCAUUUACUUUAUGGGACUUUAUGCAGCAGCGGAAAAGGUGGAUUCAAGGUAUACUUUUAGUCGUUCACUCUAAAGAAAUUCCCUUUUUUUAUAAAGUUUUCUUGGGUAUCUCGUGUUAUUCAUGGGUCACACUACCCUUCUCAACUAGUAAUAUGUUUUUAGCCGCUUUAUGUCCUAUACAAUGUCCCCAUAUUUUAGACUUAAUUAUUGGCUUUAUAGGUGCAGUCAAUAUUUAUAUGUACAUAUUUGGAGUCAUGAAAUCUUUUCCAAUGUAUAGAUUUGGUCCUUUGAAGUUUGUUAUGUGUAUCGCUGGGGCGUUGGCUACAAUUCCCUUUAAUAUUGUAAUAGAAAAUUUAGCUGUGAUUUGGGGUGUAUUGGGAAAGAAACAUAAGUUCUAUGUAGUAAAUAAGGAGGUAAAGACGCCAGUAACAGUGUAAGGAUGUUAAAGUAACAUGCACAAUUUAUGAUAGUAGAUAAUGGUUAGUCUGAUUAACAAUCUUAUACAGGGUGUAACCGCAUUCUAUAUGUAUGUUAAGCUAGAAAUGUCAAAUAGGUACUUUAAAUACUUUAAAAAUCUGAUCAGCUGUAAAUUAGCUGGGACUAACUGCUGGUACACCCUGUUUAAACAUUGAAUCGUAAUUUACAAAUUUUAGUACAAAUUUUGUCACAAUCUUUGUUGUUUGGGGUGGAUUGCUGCUUAAGAUAACAUUUUUUUACGUUCUAUGUGAUGACCAACAUUAGUAUUAGGUGUCCAAUGCACACAUUCCAAUUAUUGCGACACUGAUAAGUCAUUGAUAAAGCUAAUGAUAAACACCUAUAGUAUUCAUAAACAUUUUUUAAGCCUCAUAUAGUCAUAGACGGUGUAUUGGUAAUGUAAAGAGUAGUCAUGGACAUUACUAGAGAAAGAAUGCUGAUCAUCUCCUGGUCUGGGCAAAUACGGGGAAUGAAAGAGACAUUCUAUAAUUAUAUGUUGCUUAAAUAUGUUUUUAUAUUUAUGUAUUUUCCAAGUGAUAAGGACCUUCUAAACGGUUAUAUGUUUUAUAGCCGAGUAUUGGAAAGUUUUUUAACAUGAACAAGUAUAUAGUCAAUUUUUAUACCUACCAAAGACUUAAAUUAUUCAUAGUAUUAAGGAGAUUGUAAGAUAAUUUUAAGUCAUCAAUAGUGCUUUUACAUGUUUGUACUUAUUCGAAGUUUGUAUAUUUGGGAAAUUAGUUGUGUUAACGCAAGUGAAUUUUUAUUUUCAUUUAAUUAGGUAAUUUAAUGUUACCCUUGUAAAAAAAUUAGUUUUAGUUUACUUAGGUUAAAUUACCCACCUAUUUCAACUAUUUUAAUGGUGUAGCUUGAUAAAAAUUCCACCACUCAGUUCUAAUAAAAACGCAUGUAGGUGAUCAAUCUGUGCAUUCAAAUGAAUAGUUCAUAUUGUAACGUAAAUGGUUUUAAUAAUACCAAAACAAAUGUUACGAAAAAUUCUGCAUGAAAAUUAUUUAAUUGUGCUGAGGGAGCGUUCAAGUAUUACGUAACGUAUUAUGGGGGGGGGAAAUCUUUGGAAAAAC